AGUCGCUCCAUUGUGUAGUGUUUUUAAUCUGUUUGUUUUUCCGGUCUCAGAGUUAUUUAGUACUGCUUUUUUUCAACAAAUCAAGUGUGUUUUUGGCGAAGACAAAAGCUUUCUUUAAGAACAUUUCAAUCCCUAUCACAUAACACGGCAGCUUUAAGACAAGGGGAAUGUUUUUUAUCAAAACAGUGCAAUCUUAUCUUGGUGGAAAUGUCUGCGGAUUUUGGGUUUCGAUCACUGAUCCACGCUGAUAAGACGAACACAGAAAGAUACAUUUGUGUCCCUGGACCUCGCGUGUCAUGCUUGUGUUCCCUUGCAUUCCGUUUAGCGAGCCACAUUAAAGCAGCCUGAUUUGCAUAUUUGUUUUGUUUAAGCAUUUACCAGUUUUCAGUCACCCAGCACUACAGAUAAGUGACGAAGCAUAAUAUAAAAGAUUAAACAAGUCCACUAGCUUUAAAUUGCACGGUUGUAUCGCUUUACCGGGAAUUGAUUAAUCCGAUUAUUGCUUCCAGAACCUGUUCCUUCUGCAGUGAUAACCUUAAAUAACAUCUUGAAUGCUUCCGACUCAAUUUCCGCGCAGCUAAAAGCGACUGAGAGGGCAUUUGAUACGUAUUCACCAUUCUAAAAUUGACCCCGUUUCGAGAAAGCGCGCAAUCUUAAUCAAUAUUUGUACAAUUAAUUUGAAAUCAACAGUCUCAACACAAGAGGUACACCAUUUGCAAUUUAAUACUGUUAGUCGGCUGGAUCAACAAAUUAUUGCGAGAUGUUUACACAACUGGGUCCCCGCGGAGUCUUUCCACAAAGCUUUGCGCCGCCCCCUCAAAUCAGUCCCCUGUCAUUCGAUGCUAGCACUUCAAGUUUUGCUACGACAUAAAAGUUGUCAAGUCUCUAGCUAGCCCGUUCGCAAACCUUUGAUUUGGGAAUAUUCUUCAGCCGCCUUUGUCGGGAUAAGCGAUUCAUAAUGAAACUCGCGCAUGCUGUAAUUCUCUCGGGGAUUUUGCUCAACUACAUUCUGAUCGCGUUCUGUUGCUCACCGCCUGACGGUUGGUUGCCGCUGAGGCCCAGAGCACGAGUAAAGAAAGCAGACAUCGUGAUAUAUGGAACAGUCAGGGCGAGUCCCGGACAAGGACCGAAGAAAGACCAUCAGGGUCUGUACAGCGCUCUCUUUGAAGUUCACUGUACCCUCAAAGGAGGAAUAGUCCCUCAAUUUAUCAACGUCUCCGGCUUUGGAUUCAUUGGAGGAUUGUGUACGCAUUCUGCCGCUUAUUUGAACAGAACAUAUAUUGCAUUUAUUCGCAGAGACACGGGCACACAGGAAAACAAUACAGCGUUCUUUGUUGACGAAGUCAACGUCCAAAGCGCAACAAUACCUAUCAAACACAAAGUAAGUAGAGCCGUGCUUAAAGACAUUGUGGACAUGGUAGGAAAGAAUGCUACCUUACCGCUAGGAGCAACGAAAGAUAGCUUGCCUGGCUGUCCAAAGGGUUCACCUCAGCCGUAUUUUCAUCCUACCGCUAUUGCGAGCGGCACAAAGAAAAUUCAUUGCCACAAGCACAAAAAGAGAAGGCGCAAAAAGUGUCAUGUUGUCACUUCUCCGUCUACGCAAAUGAGUCGCACAACAACAAAACUGUCCUCUCGCCUGAGUGAUAAGCGCACGAAAUCCAGUUUGCUUUCAACGACCGUAUUGAGACACGGCAAUGUGGAUUUUCUGUUGCACAAUCAUUCCACAAGGUGCGGAGGUUGUUGGACGAGCAAUAUUUGUUGGUUAUUCGUGUUGAUUUUUCACGGUUUGGUGUUAGUCGUUGUAAAGUGGCACCAAACUUGAUUUUUGGCUUUGCUGAGGCAAGGUAAACAAAUCGCCACACAAAGCGAUGAAAGUGCGCUUUGACUCGUGAUCGCGUGGGAUUUACAACGCGCGACUUUCGCGCGAUUUUCCGUGCUCCUCUCCCAGGAUGAAUCUGCGUUCAAUUAGCAAUUCACCUUUGCACGAUCAUGGUUGAACUGAGUAUAACUCAUUACUUCGCGCAAACACGCUACUUCAAAUGGAGUGCUUUCUGCGACACAAUGGCCGAGCGCGCUGCGAAACGGAAAUGUGCAAUGUAUAUUAACACGUGUGUUCCAACAUUACGAGAUUACAACGUCAGGAACAUCAGCAAAUUUGCGGUUGCGGAAGAUGCUUUGUCGUCGCAUUUUGCCACAGGAAAACCUUAAUUAAAGUAGUUCAUUCGAGAAGGCUGUAAUGACGAGCUAGCUCGCUUUUUUGGGCGACUGGUUAGAGUUAAACCGCACGUAACAGAUAACAGCUUGUGAAAUUGUUAGAAUCUCUUACAGUACAUUAUAAGACAGAUAGCCUUAAAACACAUUGUACUAGACCAGAACUGAGGUAAAAUAUAUUACUUAUCACUCAAUAUCGGCGUAUUUCACAGCAACGCAGAAUGCACAUUCGCAGCAAGACUUAACUAAGUUCGCCGAUGAACUUGUGUACAGUGAAUUGAUCGUUUAUUGUUUACAAAUAGCCGUGUUUAAAAAAAAUCAUUAAGUACCCUGUAAAUAAUAGAUAUUUCACAGGGAAAAACUGUUUGGUUAAAUUGAAGACUAAGUGACAAGUCUCGUUCUUACUUGAAUACGCGUUAGUUAAUUUUGUCUGACGGUUCUUUGCUCACGGGAGUGAAUACUUUAUCUUGCCUAAUAUGAAUACUCUUGGUCUUAAUGCACUGACGAUUAGAAAUUAAUUGCAAGUUAAAGCUUCUACAAACGAACGAACAAAAGGUGCUCGGACACACGAAGGUGUCUUGACAAAGACAGGAUAAACAGACAGAUGGACUGUAAUAAGAUCUGGGAGAUUGUGUUCUUUGUACAAAUGGCGUCAAAAGAAACACUAGUAAUCGGCUAAUUCCGUUUUUAUGAAGAGGGAUUAAUGUCAGUUUGAUAGCAAAUUAUUAGCCUUCGAUAACUCAUUACACUACAGUAGUUCAGUAUUAAAGUACAGCUCUCAAAGACGUUCCGCGAGGUCUGACACGCGAGAUGUAAUUAAAGUAGAAUUGAGUGAUGGUUAGGAUCUUUGGGUCCGUGAUCUUGUAAAUAAAUAAACUAUGAAGUUUAAUGCGUAA